CUCCCUCCGUGUGUUGCUGCUACCCGCCGCCUCCCCUUUUUCUCUCUGUCUUCCUCACCCACCCCCUUUCUCUCCGUCUCCCUCGUCCCUUCACCUCCAGUCUGCUUCUGUUGUCUCGGCGGAUUGUUGGGCUGUGGGAGAGAGAAAGGAUAUCGCGAGUAUUGGAGUUUUGGUGAGAGUUUGUGGAAGAUGGCGCCUGUUGUGACAGGGAAGUUCGGGGAGCGCCCUCAGCCACUGCGCCUAACAAGAGAAGCGAUGAGGAAUUACCUGAAGGAGCGAGGUGACCAAACUGUCAUGAUCCUGCACGCAAAAGUUGCACAGAAAUCCUAUGGCAAUGAGAAAAGGUUCUUCUGCCCUCCUCCCUGCGUUUACCUGAUGGGCAGCGGUUGGAAGAAAAAGAAGGAACAGAUGGAGCGAGACGGCUGCUCCGAGCAGGAGUCGCAACCUUGUGCCUUCAUUGGCAUCGGCAACAGCGACCAAGAAAUGCAACAGCUUAACUUAGAGGGAAAGAAUUAUUGCACAGCCAAAACCUUGUACAUAUCCGACUCCGACAAGAGAAAGCACUUCAUGUUGUCCGUCAAGAUGUUCUACGGCAACAGCGCAGACAUCGGCGUCUUCCUCAGUAAGAGGAUCAAAGUCAUCUCCAAGCCCUCCAAAAAGAAGCAGUCCCUCAAAAACGCUGACUUGUGCAUCGCAUCAGGGACCAAGGUGGCACUGUUCAACCGGCUGCGCUCCCAAACAGUCAGCACGCGCUAUCUACACGUGGAGGGCGGCAACUUUCACGCCAGCUCCCAGCAGUGGGGCGCCUUUUACAUCCACCUGUUGGAUGACGAGGAGUCAGAAGGAGAAGAGUUCACUGUGAGAGACGGUUACAUCCACUACGGCCAGACAGUCAAGCUGGUUUGCUCUGUCACUGGCAUGGCCCUGCCCAGACUGAUCAUCCGUAAGGUGGACAAGCAGACGGCGCUGCUGGACGCCGACGACCCCGUCUCCCAGCUCCACAAGUGUGCCUUCUACCUGAAGGACACAGAACGCAUGUACCUGUGCCUUUCCCAAGAAAGGAUCAUCCAGUUCCAAGCCACUCCAUGCCCAAAGGAACCAAACAAGGAGAUGAUCAACGACGGCGCCUCCUGGACAAUCAUCAGCACAGACAAGGCCGAAUACACUUUCUACGAGGGCAUGGGCCCCGUCCACUCGCCUGUCACCCCCGUGCCUGUGGUAGAGAGCUUACAGCUCAAUGGCGGCGGCGACGUCGCUAUGCUGGAGCUGACGGGACAGAACUUCACUCCAAAUCUGCGGGUCUGGUUCGGAGACGUUGAGGCUGAGACCAUGUACAGGUGCGCGGAGAGCAUGCUGUGCGUGGUGCCCGACAUCUCCGCCUUCCGCGAGGGCUGGCGCUGGGUGCGGCAGCCCGUCCAGGUGCCCGUCACGCUGGUUAGGAACGACGGCAUCAUCUACUCCACCACACUGACCUUCACUUACACGCCGGAGCCCGGGCCGCGGCCACACUGCAGCGCCGCCGGGGCCAUCCUGCGGGCCGGAAGCUCCAGCCUGCUCAGCAACAACAGCCAGGAGGCCGGCCCCGGCGUCUACGGCCCCAACAGCACCUCCAACGCGGGAGUCACAUCCUCAUCCUCCACCGCCGCGGCCGUGGUCUCCUAACGCACACAGGGCGGCCACUCAAUAUGAUAUGCCUUGAGAGAAAACGUACCACAAGGUAUACAAAGACUAUGGGAAAUAAUAAACAAAAACUGACUCACUCUAAAGUGCUGCGUGUUAAUUUUGGAUACAAAGAAGCUGAAAAAAAAAAAAAAAUUGGCGGGAGAAAGGAGCUAACGCAGGGGAAAUCUGAAGGAGGAGUGACAUCACGACUUUGUCAGCCAAUGGGAAUAAGCAAAAGUGCUCCUUGACACGCCCCACCCCCCACCCCACCUCUCCUGUGGUUACCUUAGGGACCUGCCUAUCCAGUUCUGGUGUUUUGGAAUGAGUGGAAGUUCCUGCAGGCUCAGAGCACCAGCACCUUUCUACAGCUGUGAGAACGGAAACACCACGACAACAAUACAUCCACCGUGUACAAAAAAAAAAACUCUCUUGAAAGGAAAGUAUUUUUUUGUUUUUUUUGUUUUUUUUGCGCUUCCCUCCCCUCGACCCCCUGCCCCUCCCACCACUCGUUUUAUAAUUAUUCCUUUUUGUUGUUUUGUGUUACUUUGCCUUCAUUUGUGGUUUCCUAAAAGGGGGCUGGAUGUAUUGUUGUCGGAGGGAGCGCAAGGAUGCAGAGGGACACACAUAAAACGUGACGAUAACAUAGUUUUUAUGGACCAAGGAUCUUGUAUAAGCUUUAGUAAAGGUACAUUUUUCUCCAUACCUUUUUUGUAUUAAACAUAUAGUACACUUUUGUUACCAAAUAGUUUCUAUUCUUCCUCUGAGCUUGGGCUUUGUUUUCCCCCUUUUUUGAGGUCCAAAAUCCCAACCUCUAUGUUAUUACGACCUUACUACAACGCCUGCUUUUUUCAGUCCGUGGACUGAACUUUGUUUUGAUACUCUUGCUUCUUCUGUUGGGGAGAAAAAAUCUGAAGUCUGGGUUGUUUAUUUACAUAAGCGAAGGUUGUUGUUUUGUUUGUUUUGUUUGUUUUUGUUGUUGUUUUUGAAUUGGGGAAUAACCUCAGAGGGCCUAUGUUUUAUCAUUGGUUUUUAUGAAGUCUUUAAAAAGAAAAGCUUUAAGCAACGCCUCUGCCUUGCCUGCAAUACUCUAUGUGCGCUAUGUCUCCUUUGGAAAGUAUACACAUCAGUACAUCUCACAUGGAGCCAUAGCAACAUUUGCAGAAUACAUCAAAAACUAGACUUCCAUGGUUAUGAAAACAAGUCAGUUUUGUCAUUUUUUCAAACUAAUGUAAUAAGCGUAGUCAUUGACUUAAAAAAGGAUAGCCUUAGUACUGUAUAUUCUUACUGUGUACACAGUCAAACCGGUCACAUAUCUAAUAUCCUGUAUCUGUUGCUCUAUUGGUCACUGUCAAUGUAUCAGAUAAUGUAGUGAAACUUGUCUCUCAAACACCCAGCGAGGUGUCUUCCAACGUGUGCUGUAGGUCUGGUGGCAUUUAACUCCAGUGGUUUUUCCAAAAAAAAAAAA